UAAAUAAAUAAAUAACCACUGGGUUUAGCGUCUUUGUGACAACAGCCACUAGGUGUCAGGGCAGUGCUGGAGGCAGGAGCUAGUCUAUGGCGUGGACAGCAAGGAAGAAGUGAGGAAGUAGAGACUGGAAGUGUAAAGUCUUCUCAAAAACUUGACUGGAGGGGAAGAUAGUUAAAUGCGGGGAAGGGGAGGCUGGUGAAGGACCUCUUAGUGAAAAGAGAUUUGUUCCUGUUUCUGAGAUGGGAAAGAGAAACAAGUUGCAAUGCAGAUGGGGAGGAUAGAGGAGUUGAAAGUGUAGGAGAGGUGGGUCACUAUCAGAUGCGACGUCUGUGAAGGAGAGACCUCAGCUGGUCCACGGAAGGCUUGGAAAAGAGAGGGUGACUGUUGAGUUGAUCCAAGCUUAGGUGUUGCCAGGCGGGUGCCACGAUAGUAGAGAGGUUAGGAUGCUGACCAGGGUGUUUGUGGCCAAAGGAGUGGCUCUGGGAACGUAAGGAAGAAAGGGAGACUGACCGGCAGGAAGCACUGGUGAGGCAGGACCUCGGAGGACUGGAGGUUGCAGACACCAAUGGUGCCUGAAAUAGUUUCAGGGAAAAUGCUUCGUUCCCGAACCGGAUCGCCGUAUUCCCUGGAUCCCCUGAUCCGCUGGUCUCUAGGUCCUGGAUGCUCAACAGAACUUGGCAUAGGGUGGGGGAGGGGCUUCGGGCUGGUGGAGCAUGUGCUGGGACAGGACAGCAUCCUCAAUCAAUCCAACAGCAUAUUUGGUUGCAUCUUCUACACACUACAGCUGUUAUUAGGUUGCCUGCGGACACGCUGGGCCUCUGUCCUGCUGCUGCUGAGCUCCCUGGUCUCUCUCGCUGGUUCUGUCUACCUGGCCUGGAUCCUGUUCUUCGUGCUCUAUGACUUCUGCAUCGUUUGCAUCACCACCUAUGCCAUCAACAUGGGCCUGAUGUGGCUCAGUUUCCAGAAGGUCCAAGAACCCCAGGGCAAGGCUAAGAGGCACUAAGCCCUCACCCUGAGCCAGGCUGGCCUCAUCUGCUUUGCCUUGGCAUGUGAGCCUUGCUCUUGGGGGCGUAUCUAGGUCCUUAGAAUGCUCCUAGGUCCCUAGAUGCAGGGUCCCUGGAUUCGGGGCCUUCUAGAGUCCUCCUUCCCUCUCCCAUACCCACACAUGACAAUGGACCAAAUUGCCACAUGCUCUUUUUUCCACCCAGUGCCUCUGACUCUGUCCCCAGGGGCUGGUCUCCAAAGCUCUUGCCAUUGCCCAGGAAGGGAAGGUUCUGAGCAAUAAAGUUUCUUAGAUAAAUCA